AUGCAGAGAGGGACGCUGCACGGCGUCGCGGCGGCAGUCGACCGGCGGACGCCGCGCCAGACGCACGCCGCUCGCGCGCCAUGUGACACGCUGCCGGCGCAGACCGCCAUGACCGAGGGGGCGGGCAGGCCUAGGCCCGCGCCGCCCCGUAAGCCGGACUCACUGGCUCUCGCGUGGCCACGCUGGGACGAUCCGCCACCACCCGCGCCCGAACCGAAACGGCCCGGGCCUUCGCCACUCCGCGAUGACUUCGGCGCGUUCAGCCCCUACACACCCCCUAAUCCGAUACAAGCUGAGCGGCGUCCACGCAGACCGCAGAGUGUUGUGUCUCCUCGGCCCCCGAACGCUCAGCUCGCGCGCCGGCCCCACUCGAUCGGUUCUAUCGAGGAUGAAUGGCCCCAAGUUCCUCUGCUGCAGCCGGUGCCACGACGGCCACGGCCCGUCGCGAUGUCCACGUUGCCACGCGCGGUCAACCUGCCGUCCUCGAGAAGUGAUUACCAAUUGCAAAGACCGGCGAUUAUGACGAACGGUUAUGGUGCGGUGCCGCCUUCGACGUCGCGCCGGCUCUCGCUGCCCGGUGGUGUGCAGAAUCCGCCGAAGACUUCGGCGACAUUCCACGGUCUAGCAGCCCUCAUUGGACCGCAUCCCUCGCUCGGAACACCGGGCACUCCGAGCACACCGGCGGCGGUGCGGGAAGCCGUCAGACAUCUAUUGAUGCAGCCACGGAAUGGCUUUCCUAUCAUGGAUCACAAGUUGUCCCUCUUCAUCGAGAUCCUGGAUGCUCAAGAGAAGUUUUCACAGGUGGGCCUACAGGUGUUUACCAACUUUUUCCUGAUUGUUUCAAAUCCUAAUUCUAUUACUUGUUGUUACAAGAGAUACUGUAAACGUUGA